AUGGAUCAGCCCAACCCUAACCCCUACCCCAGCCCCAACCCCACCGAUGAUGCCCCGUCGCCCCCAGCCGAAUCCGCAGCCAGGCUCGCCGCCCUUUCCCUUCGCGGCACCAGGGACCUCCCCCCGGACUUCCACACCGCCGAGAUCCAUGACCUCGACGACGACGACGACGACGAAGGCUACCUCACCGCCGCGUCCAGAGGCGGGGGCAGCACCUCCGCGUGGAAGGAGGCGCCCGAGGGCCUCCACGACGAUGACAAGGAUGGGGACGACGUCUCCCAGCCCAGCCCCAGCAGCAGCGGAUACGCUGGCGAGCGCGGAAGCAGCCUCGACGACGACCCCGACCCCGACCCCGACCCCGAACCCGCCCAGGAUUGGCCGCGCGACAAGAAGCAUCUCCACGAGGUGAGCUCAUUACAUUACAUUACACACCUUCGUCAACCCCCAUCACUCGGACUUUGCCCCAAGUGGCAGUGGGUCACCAAGCCUGCGGCUCUCAUGUUUCAGGACGAUGCUUCAUCUUCCUGGAGGAAGAGGAAAAAACAUUUCUUCAUCCUGAGCAAUUCUGGCAAGCCAAUAUAUUCCAGGUAUGGUGAUGAGCACAAGCUAGCCGGAUUUUCUGCUACAUUGCAAGCAAUCAUUUCCUUUGUUGAGAACAGUGGUGACCAUAUCAAAUUUGUGAGAGCUGGCAAACAUCAGAUAGUUUUCCUUGUGAAGGGGCCAAUAUAUUUAGUUUGUAUAAGCUGCACGGAAGAGUCAUAUGAAGGAUUGAGGGGGCAACUAGAGCUCAUGUAUGGUCAGUUGUUGCUUAUUUUGACAAAGUCAGUCAAUAGGUGCUUUGAGAAGAAUCCCAGAUUUGAUAUGGCAACAUUGCUUGGUGGCACAGAUGCAGUUUUCCUAUCUCUUAUACAUGCAUUCAGCUGGAAUCCUGCGACUUUUCUUCAUGCCUACACAUGCCUUCCUCUUGCUCAAUCAACAAGGCAGGCAGCUAGUGCAGUUUUGCAGGACGUUGCUGAUUCAGGGGUUCUAUUUGCGCUAUUGAUGUGUGAGCACAAGGUUAUUAGUCUUGUUGGAGCACAAAAGGCAACUUUGCAUCCUGAUGAUAUUUUAUUACUUGCGAAUUUCAUUCUGUCCUCUGAAUCUUUUAGAACUUCAGAGUCUUUUGUACCCAUAUGUUUGCCAAGAUACAAUCCUAUGGCCUACUUGCAUGCUUAUGUUCAUUUUUUUGACGAACAUACAUAUGUGACUUUGCUUACUACACGAUCAGAUGCCUUUUAUGAUCUCAAAGAUUCCAGGGCCCGCAUUCAAAAUGUUUUCUUGAAGUCAAAUGUCCUCAUUGAAGUCCAAAGAUCUUUACACGAGAAUGCAUUGCGUGUUGAGGAUCUCCCAACCGACCAGUCUUCUCAAUCUGCAUCACACCCUCCAGAGUCCUCUCGAGACAUGAGUUCACAAUCUUUGUCUUCUGAAAUGGCAAUUGGAGGACCAGGUGGACUCUGGCAUUUUAUAUAUAAAAGCGUUUACCUUGACCAGUUUGUGUCAUCAGAAUUUCCCUCACCCAUAAGUAAUAAAAAGCAGCAGAAGAGAUUGUACAAAGCUUACCAAAAAUUGUAUGUAUCCAUGCAUGAUAAAGCAACUGGUCCACACAAAACUCAAUUCCGAAGAGAUGAGGAUUAUGUUCUAUUUUGCUGGAUAACCCAGGAUUUUGAACUAUAUGCAGCUUUUAAUCCACUGGCUGAUAAGACUCAAGCAAUCAAGAUGUGCAAUAGAGUAUGCCAAUGGGUGAGGGAUUUAGAAAAUGAGAUAUUCGUGUAUGGAGAGAGCGCCCUUUCCUGGUGA